AUGAAUUCUCCCGUCCUUCUCUUCCGCCGCUGCGUGGGCAAAGCGCAAGCUCCCCUAAAAUCGUAUCAAAGACGAUGGGCCCAAGUCCACGACAUCAGGUUCUAUGCCGCCCAUCAACGUCCCGAUCUAAUCCAGGAACGCUAUCGACAGAAACUCGACGAGAAGGCACGAGAGAGAGGCCUCAAGAACGCAGACGAAUUGAAAGAUGCAUAUGCCGAGAAGAUCCAGGCACUGAGGAAACAGGCUGUGGUACCGGGUGUCAAUGCUCCUGUGAGCGCGCAACAGCCUCCCUCGCCACAAAGUGUUUCUUCCGCCAUUCCCUUCCAACCGCCUCCUCCACCCCAGCCUCAGCCAGUGCAGGCACCGUCAGCUCCGAAGAGUGGGAAGGAUAAAACACCGAUUAAGACGUUAUCGAACUUCAUCGAUGUCGAGAAGACAGCAGAGUUGUCCCAGAAGGAGAUCGAAACAAUAUGGCGGCUACGACAUGUACGAGAUGGCCAGAGUCUGUGUGCUGUAAUGCAUUCAGACACAUACAAUCGGGUAGCGGCAACGGCGAAGAAGCAUCCGCAGUUCAUUCUGCCUUUGCCAAGAGAGGGACAAGGGGCAGAGAUCCACUUCCUGCAAUGGACCUUUCCUUCAGAAACAACGGCAACUGUGCUCUUCACGCAUCUUGCCGAGUUCAAGCUGCGAGGUGAAUAUGCUCAGCCACACACCACAAUUACGCACCACUUGGACCUGGCAGACAGGAAUGGAUUGGUCCUGCUCGAGGGACGAGUACAAGAAGACCGAGGGGUAAGCGUCGAUGAGGGCAAGUUCCUCUUGAUGAACCUGCAGAAGUUCUACGGGUUUGAGGCGCACAGUGAUGUGGCAAGAGAGAACGCGCAGACGAGGAGGAAGCUGAUGGAGCAAUUCAGCGGUGGGGAUGAGAACUUCAAGGUAGAGGAGCUGCUGGAGGAGACGGAGAAAGUGCCGUAG